AUGAGUGAGAGUUCAAAAAUGAAUUUCCACGAGUUGAUGUCAUUAUACAAAGAAUACAAUGACACAAUUGAUGCACUGUAUAGGCUAAGGACCACCAAUGAAGAAGCCUUAGACAAAAUUUGUAAUGAUAUCAAAAUUAAUUUAAUUGAAACAAAAUAUUUAUUGCCAUCUUAUAUGAUAUAUACAAUAUCAUUUGCAGCAAGAUGCAAUAAUCGUUAUCUGAAGUCAUACUGGUACAUAUUCAAAAAGAUUUAUGAAGAAUAUCGUUCUGACCAUAUUAAUUACUUCCCACGCGGAUUUGACUAUUUUGUUUAUAAAGAAUAUGGUAUUUGGUUAAAUGAUGAAAAUAAAAUAUCUCUUGAAAGAAUUGAAACCGAAAACAUUUCAUUGGAAGUUGUUAAACCAGAUACCAUUUUCGAAUCAAUAAUGAAUGACAAUAUCGAGGCAUUUACAUCAUUCACAGAAAGCCAAGAAUUUGAUAAAAAUGAUGUUCUUGUUUCUCCUUUCUUUAUAGACGCAACUCAACCAUCAUUACUUGAAGUUUGUUGUUAUUAUGGUGCGACAAAAUGUUUUUCUUUCUUAAGAGAAAAAUUUAAUUCAGAAAUAACAAAAAGAUGCCUCCAAUUUUCAAUUCUUAAUGGAAAUUAUGUACUUGUAAAAGAAUGUCUGAAAGUUGUUGAACCAGACGAUGAAUGCAUGGAGUAUGCAAUAAUAUCACACAAUAUUGCUUUCGUUACAUUUUUGAUGAUAGAAUACAAACUAACCAUUAGUUUAUUUAAGUGUGGUGAAUAUAAUAAUCUUCAAGCAUUCUUUGUUUAUUUGGAUCAAACAAAUGAUAUCAAAAAUUGCUUCCUUUAUUCCCCAUUAUUCAAUAUCCCAUCCCUUUGCAAAUAUUUCCUUUCUCAAGGUGCAAAUAUUUAUGAUAGAGAUAGUGAUGAUGAGCAAACAGCUCUUCAUAUGGCAUCCUAUUUCAAUGCCGUAGAAACUGCAAAAUUUCUUAUUACAAAUGAUGCAACUAUCAAUAAAAAAGAUAUUGAUGGAAACACACCUCUACUCAUUGCAGCAUCAAAUAAUUCUAAAGAAAUGAUUGAACUUUUAAUCCAGAACGAAGCAAACAUUUAUGAUCGAAAUAAUGACAAAAAGACUGCACUUUAUUUGGCAACAGAAAAUGAUGCAAGCGAUGCUGCAGAAACUCUUAUAUUACAUGGCGCAAAUGUUAAUGAUUCAUAUAAUUAUGGCGAAACAGCUCUUCAUGUUGCAGCUGAAUUAAAUAAAUUGAACAUCGUGUCUGUUCUUGUUUCUCAUGGUGCAAUUAUUAACGCUAAAGAGUAUAAAAAUGAAUCAACUGCGCUUCAUAAAGCUUCAAUUAAAGGCAACACUAAUAUUGUUAAGAUUCUUUGUUCACAUGGUGCAGAUGUUAAUGCAAUAGAUUCAUAUCGGAAAACAUCUCUUGAUUAUGCAAAAGAAAAUGACAAUGAGGAAAUUGAAGAACUUUUAAGAUCGCAUGGUGCAAUUUCUAAUUCAUUGGAUAAUUAA